AUGAAUUUAAACACGAUUUGUAAUAAAAAUUCAAGCAUCGAAGAAACAGUCACAAGCUCUCCUCCUUCUUUGCCGUCAUCUCAAAGAAAAUUAUUACCAGCAAUAAACACAAUGGCAACAUCUCUAAAUAAUACCAACAGCACCCACUCAGCUGCUGCUACUACUACUACUUCCGACGCUUCUAACUCUUUACAAAAAACAACAACGGUUACAGCUUCUACAAACAAAUUAAUUAAUCAUCAUCAAGAAGAAUGUCUUCCCUCUCCACCUAAUAGUAAUAAUAGUAUACCAGUCGAUGAAAAUCAUUUGACUUUUAUGAUUAAUAGAACAAUCGAUAUUUUAAAUAUUUUAAAUGGUUUAAAAAGCGAGUUUAACCAGGCUAGAAACGAGUAUGAAAACGAUAGUGAAUUGAUGCGUAAACAAAAAGCUAUCAUAACUGAUGGAAAUGCUUCACAAUCAUCUCGUUUAAAAUAUAGAAAAAGAAAUAAGCGAGCAGCUCCGCCUGGUAGAUGUCAUUCUUGUGACAUUUCUGAAACACCCGAAUGGCGUAGGGGUCCUGAUGGUGCAAGAACAUUAUGUAAUGCUUGUGGUUUACGUAUGUGUUUUUUAUAUUUUUUAUAUCUUAUUGAAAAAUAA